AUGGAUGCCCCUACAAUGGACACUAUUUACCAGGCCAUAAGCGCCUUAUAUGAUAACCCCAACGUUGGCGAAAAAGAAAAGGCUUCGUUAUGGCUCGGAGAUAUGCAAAAAUCCAUACAUUCUUGGAAGAUAGCCGACGAACUACUACAAAAAAGAAAGGAUAUGAAUUCUUGCUACUUUGCUGCUCAAACUAUGAGGUCAAAGGUGCAACACAGCUUGAAUGAGCUACCACCUGAUUCUCUUGUGUCUCUCAGAGACUCUCUGGUGGCACACCUGGAGCUCACAUCUCCAGAGACCAGUGCUUCAGUGCUCACGCAACUCUCUCUAGCAUUAGCAGAUCUAGCUCUACAAAUGCCACAAUGGCAAAACUGUAUUGGUGACCUAAUUAAAUCAUUUUCCAAUAAAAAUGAUUUUGCCCUUCUAGAAAUAUUAACUGUGUUACCUCAAGAGAUUGACUCACCUAGUUUAAAACUUGGUGAAAAUAGGAGGGAAGAAAUUAAAUCAGAAUUAAGGUCAAAUGCUCAUAUGGUAAAUAUAUUCUUAAAAGAAAGCAUCACAAACUUUCAGAACUCCCAUGUGACAUUAAAAGUGAUAAAGUGUAUGACAUCUUGGAUACAGGUGAAAGCAAUCAAUAUACAGGAGGUUCCUCAGAAUGCUGUUAUAGGUUACAGUUUACAGAUUUUAAGGGAUCCUAAGACAAUAAAUACUUUGCAUGAUGCUGCAUCUGACUGCAUCACUGCAUUGUUGCACUGCUUAGAGGAGAAUAACAAUAAUGACAAUAUUGAGAGACUGUUGUUUGAGAGUGUGUCCGGUCUGGAGGAGAGCUACCACAUGGCUGUGGCUUAUGAGGAGGAUGAGAAGGCUACCAACUAUGCAAGAAUAUUCACAGAGCUGGCCGAGACAUUUUUAGAGAAGAUUAUCAUUUCUAUGUCUGGAGGAUCAUCUCAUUUUGCCUUGAGGUCCUUGGAAUUAGCACUAGUGUGUGUUGGAAAUCAUGAUUAUGAGAUAGCAGAAAUAACUUUCAAUCUAUGGUACCGGCUGUCCGAAGAAGUGUACCAGAGAGACUACCAGCCCUUGACUGAUGCCUUCAAGCCUCACAUUGAGAGACUAAUCGAAGGACUAGCGAGGCAUUGCCAGUGCGAGCCUGAUACACAACAGAUGCUGGAUGAGGGAGAUGAGUUCUAUGAAUUCCGCAGUAAAGCAAUGGGUUUGAUUAAAGAUGUGGUGUUCAUAGUGGGUUCCAGCUCAGUAUUCCGCCAAAUGUUCUCGGUGCUCAACCCUGAUAUCACUUGGGAACAAACUGAAGCAGCACUCUUUGUUAUGCAAGCUGUUGCUAAGAAUAUACUGCCGGAGGAAUACGAGUAUGUUCCGAAAGUAGUGGACGCAAUCCUGUCGAUGCCUGAAGGCACACACCUCGCUGUCAGGAAGACGUGCAUCCUCUUACUAGGGGAGUUAUGCGAGUGGAUAGAACGGCACUCCGAGUGUUUGGAGCCUUGUCUACAGUUCCUCACCAGAGCCCUACAUGAUAAGCAAUUGGCGUACUCUGCCGCUACAGCGUUACAGAACAUCUGCCGCGCCUGCAGAUCCCAGGCGGCCCAGCACGUGUCGGGCUUGCUCCGCGCGGCCGCGGCGGCCGACCAGCUCCCUCUCAACGCGCACGCCUCCGCAGCACUCAUGCGGGCACUCGCGUCUGCUAUAGGACGACUGCCUAAUGAACAGCUAACUGUCGCAAUGCGUGAGGCCGUCGGCAUUCAGAUCAACGGCUUGUCGGAACUGAUGAAGUCGAAUGUGGAAAUAACCAAAGGUACGAGUAGCGACCCGACCGUCUGGCUGGACCGCAUGGCGGCUCUCUUCCGCGACGUCGACGUGCAAAGCUCACAGAUCACCGACACGCAUCCCUGCGUGCCCGCCUUGUCUGAUGCCUGGCCUGUGCUGCAGGAAGCACUGGAUAAGUACGCUAUGGACGGUCGCGUGAUGGAGCGCUGGUGCCGCUGCGUCCGGUUCGGUGUCCGCAUGGGCGGCAGCCGCGCGGCCGGGCUGGCGCCGGCGCUGGCGGCGCGCCUGCAGGCCAUGUACCGCUGCCGCCCGCACUCCUGCGUGCUGUACCUCGCCUCCGUGCUGCUGGACGAGCUGUCGGCCGUGCCCAGCGCGGUGCCGCCCCUCGUACAGCUGCUGCAGGACGUCAUGCCGCGCGCCUUCCAUCUGCUGCAGCAGGACAACGGACUCAAGGAGAACCCUGACACUGUCGAUGAUCUCUUCAGGCUAUGUAUCCGAUUCUUACAACGUAUCCCACAAGAGUUCCUCUCAUCAGGUGCAUUUCCGACAGUGAUGCAAUGUGCCUCACUGGCAUGUUGCCUCGACCACCGGGAUGCGAACUCCUCCGUCAUGAAGUUCUUGUACGACUUCACUAAGGUCGCCAACUCAACACGCUCUGACAAACAACAGAUCAAAGCUCUAGCAGACAAUGCUUUAACAACAUACGGCGAGGAGCUUACGUACCGGUUGAUGGAGGCGAGCGUCCUCCACCUGCACUCGUACAUGUUGUCGGAGGUGGCCGAGGUGAUGCUGGAGCUGCUGGAGUGGCAGAAGGCGUCCAACCGCGACUGGCUGCAGCCGGCGCUGCAUCGCCUGCCGCGCGACCGCCCCGCCGUCGCCACGCAACAACAGUGCUGGCAGUUCCACCAGUACGCAAUGAGAGCGGAGAAAUGCAAGGAAAUGACUCGUCUACUGCGUGACUUCGCGAGAUUGUAUCGAUAG